ACACCAAUCUCAUCGUGAGUUUUGGAUUUAUACAUUUUUUUCUUCUCUGUUUGAGUUUACAUUGCGCGAGUUUUAAUCUUUAACACGAAAUCCCUAAAGAAACCCCCAUAAGGAUACAUUUAGCAUUAGACUCAUCGCACAAAUAUAAAUUUAUUUAAAACACACAACCACUCAGUUGAGCGAUGGCGGGACCAAUGUUGAAAACAUGCUGCCGAUGCCAGAGCCUCCGGACGGGUUCCAUUGUUUCUGGAGUCUGUGGAAUUCUCCUGGCCAUUGCGUGCCUUAUUGUAAUGUUUGUAGCACGGGUGGAGUUCAAAACGAUCGUAAUUGAUUGGCUACCAUCGUCAGUCGUCAAGAUCAUCCUUGCGAUCAAUCUCUGCAUGACAAUACUCAUUUCCACACUCAUGAUCAUCGGUGUCCUCAAGAGGAAUCACUACCUCAUGCUGCCAUGGGUGGUGCUGGGAAUUGUUCUGGCUGUGGGAUUGCUUGUUAGUGUUAUUUACACAGCUGUAGUCUUCCUCAUUGAUGGUUACAUUCUCGCUGGAGUUCUUUGGCUUAUUUUUGGACUCCUCUCUGUCGUAAUAUAUGUCUACAUGUGGAUGGUUGUGUACAGCUUCUUCACGGUACUCAAAGAAGAAAAUGAUCGUGGAAGAUAUUCUCAACCAUAUCGUCGCUGAAGUUAAAUCUCUGUGCAAAUUUUAUUCGUUGAAUAAUCCCACUGACUGUAUGUUUUUUAGAGCAGUUCUCCGUGUCAUCGUAAUAAUUUAUUUACCUUACCCGCCUCCCCUUCUCUCUCCCCCUUUUAUCACUUCCUCAAACAUCCCCUAAUACCCCAAACAUAUAUAGAUAAGUUCUUGUAAAAAAAAAUAUUUUUUGUAUAAAAUGCCUUAUUAGGAUGAGUAAUGAAAAAAUAAAUUAUUAACUUUAGAAUAAGUUAAAAAAAA